AUGAAGGGGAUCGGCUUUUUUUUCACAUUUCUGGCGAUCAUUCUGAUUUACGGGGUGGGAGUGUAUGUUUAUGUAAAGAAACAGACGCCCCCACCGCCGCAUCACCAAGUUCGCCCGAAGGAAUCCUUCGCGGAGCCGUCGGAGUGCACGACGCCGUUCGGAACGCUUCUCGGGGUCGUGAACGGCACCCCCGCGUUCAGCAACUGCCGUCGUGGAUUACGCAUGCAAUGGGUGGGGUAUUUCGAUUUUAACGAUCCCAUGGACGUCAGCGAGCCGCGCGAUGCAACGCACGGUAAAAAAUUCAUGACCGCCGCCCGCUACACCGCGAUGGAUUUCGUGAUGCGGUGGUUCGCGCACAACCGUGGGUUGAUGCUCACAGGCGGUAAGGAUGUCGAAUCGCUCGUGCAGAAUGCCGCGUAUUUUUACAACCCCGCCCACGGCACGCAGGAGUGGGAUGCGGAGUUCAUCCAAAACCAUCGGGUCGGAAGGACGCCGGAGGAGCUGACGUAUCUGCGCCCACGCGUGGGGGAUAUCGUGGUGUACGACCAUGACUACAAGCAAGACUUCCCUGAAGGGCACAUGGCGGUGAUUGUCGGCGUGGAAAACGACAUCGAAGGCGCCGGCGGGCCGCGAAACUUCAAGGAACGCCUCAAUCGGAUGGUUCCCCCGCGGAUUCUCUACUUGGCGGAGCAAAACUUCGCGAACACGCCGUGGGAGGGGAGGAAUUACUCGCGAAUCGCGCACUUUCGAUGGACGGAAUCGUCGCAUGGGGGGGCGCCGGAGGGGUACGUUGACGACCCCGUCGGACCGAGGGUGCUCGGACGCCUUCGCGUCGGGAAGCCCAGGCUUUCACGGGGGGGAAAAAGCCUCUAUGAGAGUGGGGAUGAUCUUUAA